UGUCAGAUCCCUGGGCCUCCGGGCACCGACUGGGCCGGCGGCUGCUUUCCGCUCCUCGUCGACUUGGGAGGCUACCCGACCAAGCCACCCGAUUGCCACUUCCCCGCACGCGAAGGGCCCAGCCUGCUGCAGAGGCCACUGACCAAGAGUGCAAAGGUGCUGGCCCUCCCCACAGCCCAGCGGGAUUGCCACGGCAAUGGGUUCAUGCACAACAACGUGUACCCCUCUGGCAAAGUCUGCCUGUCCACGCUGACACCCGUCCACGAGAGCGGAUGGCACCCGUCCUUCACCGUUGCCGAGAUCCUCCUCAGCGUGCAGCGCCUGCUCAACGACCCGAACAACGACAGCCCGGCGCAGUGGCUGCCCUACCAGCUCUACAAGCUCGCACGCAAGGAGCACGACAGGCGCGUCUGCGCGCAGGCAGCGCGAUACACCGCG